AUGCGUUUGGGUUCUUUCCACCAUCGACCCAAUAAUCUGCUUGCUCCUCUCGCCGGUGUGCCUCUCGCCUCUCUCGGCGUGGCUGACGUCUGUCUCUCGCGUUCCUCGGUGAGUCCUUUAGAGAUCUUGGGCGUACUCCGGUCUGCUUGCUCCGUCGCUCCUCCUCGAAUCUUCGGAACGACAGUGACAGUUAUGGCUAGACCUCCUCCUCCACCUGAUCCGCCUGACCCUUCGGCACCGUCGAGCUCGGUCAAUCACCACCUACUGCUAUUAACGACGAAACCUCUCGCAAUGACGAGGCCAUCCUCCGCGGUCAAGCUCCUUCACUGUCGCGAUUUGAAGCCUUGUCUCUCUUCCAGAAACGAGAUUUUGACAGCUAUUCUUGCCGGCCAAUACUUCUGCUCCGGCAUGGGCUUUGUCGUGGGUUCGGCUUCGAGGCUCCGUUCACCCUUCCCGCGAGGAUUUGCUAUUCCGAUAACCUGCUGGCUGCUCCGCCCGUGA